UCUCAAUUAUUUCAUCACAGCAAACACUAGCGUUCCUCAAGAUUCAAAUUAAGUUUUUUCUACACCAACGUGCUUAGAACUUCGACAUGGCUCGGUCCAUGAGCUUCUUCAUUUUCAUAGCUCUCCUCGUCUUUGCACCAAUUUGUUUCUCUUUUAAGAGUAACAAUGGUGGCCUAUACCCCCAAUAUUAUCAUAAAUCAUGCCCAAGAGCACAAGAAAUUGUCAAGUCUGUAGUUGCCAAGGCUGUUGCCAAAGAAUCUCGAAUGGCUGCUUCUCUGCUGAGGCUCCAAUUCCACGACUGUUUUGUCCAGGGAUGUGAUGCAUCUUUGCUUCUGGAUAAUAGCAGAGGUAUAGUGUCAGAAAAAGGAUCAAAUGCCAACAGGAAUUCAGCUCGUGGAUUUGAUGUCAUUGAUGACAUUAAAUCUGCACUGGAGAAGGAAUGCCCUCAAACCGUCUCUUGUGCUGAUAUCUUGGCGCUUGCUGCAAGGGACUCCACUGUUCUGUCCGGUGGACCAACCUGGGAGGUUCCAUUGGGAAGAAGGGACUCCAGAAGCGCCAGUUUAAGUAGCUCCAACAACAAUAUUCCUGCUCCAAACAACACAUUCGAUGCCAUUCUCUCAAGGUUCAAGAGACAAGGACUUGAUGUUGUUGACCUUGUAGCUUUGUCUGGAAGUCACACAAUUGGAAAUUCAAGAUGUACCAGCUUCAGACAAAGGCUCUACAACCAGUCAGGAAAUAAUAAGCCAGACUCAACUCUGGAUGAAUCAUAUGCUGCCCAACUGCGCAAUAGGUGCCCAAGAUCCGGCGGUGACCAGAACCUAUUCUCCUUGGACUUCGUUUCCCCAACAAAAUUUGAUAACAGCUACUUCAAGAACUUGUUGGCUUCAAAGGGAUUGCUGAACUCUGACCAAGUUCUUGCUACUAAGAGUCAAGCAUCACUAGCCUUGGUGAAACAAUAUGCAGAGAACAAUGCCCUUUUCUUCGACCACUUCGUCAAGUCUAUGGUUAAAAUGGGGAAUAUCUCUCCUUUGACAGGUUCCAGUGGGGAAAUCAGGAAGAAUUGCAGGAAGAUCAACUCAUCUUAAAAAAGCACAUCAACUUUUACUUGAUACGGAGUUAAUAACUGUCCCUUUAUUGUUGUUUAUGUAAUGUAUCUUUCUGUUAUAGUUCUUUUUACAUUCUUCAGUUUUCGUCCUUGAGGAUCUCAUUGCUUGUACCGUCUGUUUGAUUGUUUAUCAUGAAUCUUUACCAUUCAUGGAUCUUUAUUUUA